AAAACAAUAACACAGCCGUCUCAUGGUUGACCCAUUCACUGUCGAAGAGCGAGGAAGGUAGUAAGGCUAGCAAGUGUAGUGUCUACAGAAGUUUAUUGUCUUUCUUUGAGGUGAAGAAUUUUCGGAUACUACAGAAACGCAAUGCCUAGUAAAGAAGAGAAGUGUGUUUUGUCGACUAGCCAUAGCACUACAGCACAAGACUUUCUUGCUAGAGAUAUGGAGGAGCUUGUAUCUGAGAUUAAAGAGAACCUACGUUUAUCUGCAGGACUGAAAUCGCGACCAGCUUUCUCAGUGCAUCAUAAAUCAAGGGCGUCACCUUAUAGAAUACCCAGCAGGAGCUGGGGUGAUUCAGCUUGUGAUGCGUGUUUAAGUUCGCCGAGUAACAACUGUGGUGGACAUUCGUGUAUUGCCGUAAACAAGAAAUUGUCGGGUAAAUCAACAGAUUCAUCUACAGCAAGUGACGAUCCGUACGAGAUGUUGCAGGAAUUACUGCGUGAUGGUAGUCUAAUCAAAGAGGCGGUUCGGCGUCUUCAGAGAGGACUUUCUCCGAAACAAAGGUACUUCUAUGAUUCGGACGAAGAAGCACAUAGUCCACUACGAAUGUGCCAUUUGGAGCUGUGAACAGUCUACUAUUGCAAGAGAGAAAAGAUUGUUGUGGUUCCUUUUGAAGUUCGCAGCUCUGCCAAGAUUCGUGUACGAGACGCAUGUAACGUAAUUGCGUGUGUUUGUUCCACUGAGGUGGUGUUCUGUGUAAUUGGCUACCGAAGGUAAUUAAUUGCAACUGAAGAACUUCUUGUGUUCGGUUGGCGAGGACGACGAUGAUGCAAGAGAAUGUUAUUCGUUACAUAGAAACAUAUAGCACUCUUAGACGAGAACGUUUAGUUAUAAUAAUACUGGUGUUUCAAUUAUUCGUAUUGCAUUAAAAAAAACAAAAUCAACUGGAUUACGCUUAAUUUAUGUGUGUUGUCUUUAAACUAAUUUUUGUACGCUUACAAAAGUAACAAAAUUCUGUUAUAUUCCCCAUUUUUUGGGUUUUACGUUAGGUGAACACGAUCAGUGUAAAGGGCAGUAAAUCCAGUGCAUGCAGUUUAAAAGUAAAUGUCUUGUUGAAUGGUCUAUACAUCAUGUGAAUGUUAUAUAAUGUAAAUCAAUGUAAACCUAUAUUGAAAUCGUUUACACGCUAAUAUGAAAACAUUUUUAUCUCUCACGAACCUUUGUGUUUCAGAGCUUUCGUUUAGAUACAUUAUGUAUCACAUUCCUUUUGAACAGUUAUUCACUGUAAAUGUGUAAUGCAUGAAGUCACACUCCAUAACAUAUUUAUAACCCACUAAAUAUUGUUAAUUUUCCUCUUGAUCUCAUGUUUAUCAAUGCAAUGGGAUGUGAUGAGUAAGAAAUGACUCAUUGUUUGCUGUCACUGUAUACAUAUUUUAAGCUAAACCAUUGUUUACUUAAUAGGUGUUUGACCUGUUGUAACAGUGUUGGUGUUUUUCGAAAGUGUGGGUUUACAACCAUAACAAAAACAUACUUGUAUGGAAAAAUGGCAUGCAUAUUGAUGGAAGAAAUGCUUUUAGAAAGUGCAAAUAUAGUUGCAGAAUAUUCAGGGUGGUUUUCCUAGUUUUCUUUCAUAGGGAAAGGCAGUAUUCUUUGUAUAUUUUUUCUUUGUGUUGUUUAUGUAUGACUGAGUGGUAUACUGGUAAUCUCUUUUCAUAACAAUUGUAUACCAAUAACAAAGUUUUAGCAUUUGAAAGAAAGCUAACAAAUAAAAAGUGAGGAAUUUGUUGUCUUACAGGGAUGUUACAAUGCCCUCUGAAUCUUGUGUAAUUGUGUGCAUAAUGUUGAUGGAAACAAUGUUCACAACAGUACAGUUUAUUUUUAACAUGCUUCACACAAUUCAGGGAUUAUAUAUGGUACAAUUUUUCACUUUGUGGAAACAAGAAACUUUUUUCUCAGUUACAAGAAAAUUGUCACAAAAGAUGAGUGACAUUUGUACAUAAGGAUUUGAUGAAUGAGUCCAUGCAUUUUUCUUUACUGUGCAUGUUUUAGUGCAUAGGAGUCAUCACUGUCCGUAAUGGAGCAGUUAGAAAAGUCAUUAAAAUAUUUAAAAAUA